GAGUCGUCAGGCAUGAACCCACAAAUGAUGGUGGUUCUCGAAACAACGACUUCCACGCUGUGUGCGUCGAGCUGCCGCGCAUCACUCAUAGAUAUGCCAAUUGGCUUCUUCCUUGGUGUUGGUGGCGCUUUCGCAGGCAAUGAUGCUGGCGAGGCUGGUAGGACAGGGACGCUUACGGUGUAUUCGGGAACCUCCGGGACGCUCUCGGUGGCGUCGGGUCGAGUGUCAUUUACACUGGGGCUAACGGGUCCGUGCCUGACGCUGGACACGGCGUGCUCGUCGUCUCUUGUCGCUACUCAUCUGACAGUGUCGGCUCUUAAGCUGAUGGAGUGUCCCCGGGCUGCAGCAACGGGCAUCGGGAUGCUGACUAAGGCUGUAUCGAUUGCAUUCUCAGCCGCGGGAAUGCUUUCCGCCUUUGGGCGCUGCCACACUUUUGAUCGCCGAGCAGACGGGUAUUGCCGUGGCGAGGGAUGCGGGGCAUUCCUGUUGUUCUCGGCAGGCUCAAAUGUCUAG